AUGGUACCCGACAUCACCUCCCUCCCGCUGGGCCUGACUCUCCCCCCUACCCUCUUCCUCGGCUUCACCCUCCUCUACACGGUCGGCUCGCCCUACUUCCACACCGACAAACAACGAGCCUACAUCCUCUCGAGCGUCUCUAGUCUAUGCAUGACACUCGUCUCGCUGCCUUAUAUUGGGCAGUAUCUGUUCAAUGGAUUGGGUGUGGUGUUUGAGCAGGCGCAGGAAGGGUGGAGGAGGGAUUUGGGCAAAGUGGGGGUUUUGUUCUUUGGGACUUACCUUUUUGCUGAUCUCGCUAUUGGGUAUAUGAGAUAUCCGUCCCAGGUCGGCCUCUUGACUGGGUGGAUACAUCACAUUGUCUACACGGUCCUCAUGGUGUACCUGUACCACACCCGUCUCUCUCCAAUAUUCCUGGUCAGCGCAAUCAUGGAGCUCCCCACCUUCGACCUGGCAAUAUCCAAUCUCUUCCCCUCCCUCCGCUCCGACCUCCGCUUCCUCUCAUCCUUCUUCCUCAUCCGCAUAGCCUUCCAUCUCGCGUGGCUGCUCGACUGCCUCCGUCCCUCUUCGCGCGCCAUCACCGACGGCUCCUUUGUCCCCGCGGCGAUGCUCACUGCUGCCCUGGUACUGCACGUCUCGUGGUUCCGCGGCGGGUUGAUGGGGUAUAUCAAGCGGCGGCGACUAGGGACCAAGGGCAAGGGUGUCAAGGCGAAGGCGGUGCCGGUGGAGAAGACCGGCGCGUCGCAAGAGGCCGACAACGUGGAUAUGGGUUCCUCGGAGGUUCUCAAUACCCCCAUCGCCCCUUCUUUCGACAACGACGGUAUCCGUAUUGCCGCCACAUCCGGCUCUGAUCUCCUCCUCACCCCGCCAACCUCGCCCACACCGGACGACUCCCCCCUCAUUACCCCCUACACCCCCUCCGUGACACCCAUGACCCUCCGCGACUCGUACCUCUUCUCGACAGUCACAGCCGUCUCCAACGGCCUACCCACCAUUUCCAUCCCCUCCAUGUCGUCCAUCCCCAGCUUGUCGUCCAUACCGAGCCUUUCGGAUCUGACGGCCGCGUUCCCGCCUAUCCCGAUGGGCAUGGGAUUGCAAUUACCGAGUACAGGCAGAGAGUUUAAGGAUGCGGUGAAGCAUCGGUGGGAGGAAGGGAGGGGGCGGUUUGGGAAUAUGACGAUGGGGAUGGGAGGGGUCGGGCCGAUGUUGAGGAGAAGAGCGGGGAGGGCGGCGGCUGGGCCAGGAGGGGCGGCAGGGACAGGUAGGACGGGCGGGAUGGAGGCGGAGGAGGAGAUACCGCAGCAGGUGGUAGCUUCAUGA